AUGGUCGCGGGCGGCGCGCCCGCGGAGACCUGCUGCUGGCGCGGGCCGCGCAGGCUCCUGCGGGGCGCCGCCGCGCGGCCGGCCGCCGCCGCGGCGCUGGAGGCGGCGGCCCGCGGGCGGUACCUCGCCGCCUACGCGGCGCCCCGCGGCACGCCGCCCGUCAUCGACGGGGACGUGUUCAAGGCGGCGUGGGCGGCGGCCCCGUGGAGCGAGCCGUUCGUGGAGAUCCGCGGGGUCGCGGAUGCGCCGCAGGGGACCGGUCCCUCGGCGGCGCAGGAGACGCGGAUGAAGAUGCUCUGGGACGACGACUACCUGUACGUCGCCGCCCUCAUGGACGUCGCCGAGGGGGACGAGCUCGUCGCAAAGUUCACGGAAAGGAACACGCCGAUCUUCCACACGGACUCGGACUUCGAGGUCUUCAUCGACCCUGGUGGUUCCAACCACGGGUAUAAGGAAUUGGAGAUGAAUGCGCUGAACACGGUCUGGAACCUGAUGUUGGACCGGCCAUAUUCGGUCGGCGGGUCGGAAAUCAGCGGCCGAGUGGCUAAGCCUGGAGAGCCGAGGCACUGGGAUGUGCGCGAUCAGCGAACAGCCGUCAGGGUGCUCAAGGGGCGGCUGCACGACGCUGCGCAGGCCUCCCAGUGGUGCUGCGAGAUCGCGCUCUCGCACCAGGACACCCUCGCACGGCUGCCCGACAGCACGCCCAGGCCCGCCCUCGGGGGCUGCUGGCGCAUCAACUUCAGCAGGGUGGAGAAGGGUGGCCAGGUCAAUUGGGUCUGGACGCCCCAGAUCGUGUGGUCGCCGCAGGAUGGCCGGUACAAGGGACAGGUGAACAUGCACCUGCCGGACGCGUGGGGCUACGUCGUCUUCGCCGACGCCGCGGGGCGGUUGGAAGGCGGGCUGCCCGCCGGGCGCUGGCAGGACCCCUCGCUGCCCGCGCGGCACGCCGCGUUUGCGGUCUACUACGCCGCGAGGGCCUACGAGGAUGCCCACGGCCGAGCCCCGGCAAGCUGGCGGGACCCCGAGCUGCAGCGGCUCGCCGACCCGGCCGCCGUGAGGGGCGCGAAGGCGACGACGACGACGACGACGACGACGACGACGACGACGACGACGACGAUGAUGAUGAUGAUGAUGAUGAUGAUGAUGAUGAUGAUGAUGAUGAUGAUGAUGAUGAUGAUGUUGAUGCUGAUGAUGAUGCUGAUGAUGAUGCUGAUGCUGAUGAUGAUGCUGAUGAUGAUGAUGAUGAUGAUGCUGAUGAUGAUGAUUAUUCUGAUGAUGAUGAUGAUGAUGAUGCUGAUGUUGUUCAUGAUGCUGAUGAUGCUGAUGCUGAUACUGAUGCUGAUGAUGGUGAUGGUGAUGAUGGUGAUGAUGAUGAUGAUGAUGAUGAUGAUGAUGAUGAUGAUGAUGAUGAUGAUGAUGAUGAUGGUGAUGGUGAUGGUGAUGGUGAUGGUGAUGGUGAUGGUGAUGGUGAUGGUGAUGGUGAUGAUGCUGCUGCUACUGAUGAUGCUGAUGAUGCUGCUGAUGGUGCGCGAAGGUCGCCCUGCGCCCCGCGGGCGCGGGCGGCGGCUUCCUCAUCGAGGCCUCCUGCGCGGGGCACGUCGCGGAGCUGACGCGCGAGCGGCUCCUGCAGGUGCGGGCGCUGGGCUGAUGGGCGCCGGCCGCGGGGCCCCGCCCUCUGUCCCGAGGCCCCUCUCGCCAGACGCGCGCUCGGGCGCGUCGGCGAAGGCAGCUCCUCCCCCCCCCUCCCCAGACAUGACCGCGUCGUGCAGAACAAUCGGGGCUGGACAGAACCCCCAACAGCGACACGUCGAUUAG